UGUGUGCACGUGUGUGUGUGUGUGUGUGUGUGCGUGUGUGUGUGUGUGUGUGUGUGUGUGUGAUCCUGCUGCUGCUCUAAGUUGAGCUGAUUGAAUGGAAACAAGCGACGCAGACGAGUCUCAUCAAAACUCUCCUUGGUGAGCAGCCAUGAACCGACCCGGUGUUGGUGGGACUUCAUCCAUUAGUUUCUCCAACAGCAUGCCAGUGAAUGGAUGUCCCCCCACAGAUCUAACAGAAGAAGACAUAGACAAUCUGCGUUUUGAACUUGCCAAGAUGGAGGAGGAAAUCCAGACAUUGAGGCAGCUGGUGUUGGCCAAAGAGAAAUAUGCCGCCGACAUCAGGAGGCAGCUGGGUCUGGGUCCUCUCAGCAGCCUCAAACAGAACCUGUCCAAAGGCUGGCAAGAAGUUCAGACCUCAUCCCCAUAUCUUACAGCCUCUGCAACCAUGGACGACAUCAGCAACUCCAAUGUAUAUGUGAGGACCAAGGAAGGUCUCUCUCAUGCAGGCAUUGUGACAUCUUCUGCAUUGUCCAAUUUGGGUGUGGUCAUCACCAGGAGGCUGGCAGAGAUGAGAGCUCUUCCCCUUCCAAGCCCACCACGCACCCUGAGCCACACAAUGAGUGUGCCAUCUAUGAGACACUCCUCUACAUUCAAGUCUUUUGAAGAAAUGGUUGGCAGUGUGAAGGAGAAGAUGACAAAUCACGGAGAAACUUCUGGCUUUGAAAGAAGAUCUGCACGUUACAACACAUGACAACAAUUUUUUAUGUCAUAAUGUUGUAAAGCUCUCUUUGGUUUGUCUGUGAAAUGUGAACUACAUUACCCAAAUACUACUAUGCAAAGAUUUCUGUGGAAUGUUGAAUUCAUUCUAAAAAAAUAUAUUUAUUUUCACGUCUACGACCUACUUUGACAGUUCAUUGGCAUUGUUUGUGGCUUUAGCAAAAUCUAAUAUUUAUGAGUAUUUUUGUACAAUUGGAUUGGUUCACUUGCGUGUUUUGCUAAUAGUUACGUGAAUAAAAUGAAGUUAUUUAAAAUGUACAUAUUUUGAGAAAGUUUGAUUGUAAAGAUUCAAUAACAGUUUUUCCUUGAAGCCAUCAGAACACUGAACUUACCCUGUGCUUCCCCCCCACCCCCCAUUCAUCUGUAGGUUGGACCGCCACAAAUAGAAUUACAGUAUAGAAUAGAAUACAAGAGAGUUUUAUUUGUUAUUAUUACAGUGAACAGGUUCAAAGAACAACAAAACUGGAGCCGAUCCCCUAAGGUGCAUACGCAAUAUUUUAGUAAUAUAAAUAGUAAAAAAAAAGCUAAAAAAGAAGAUAUGUAUCUAUAUAUGUAUAUAUCCACACACAUGCAUAUAUCCAUACAUAUGCAUACAGAUACACAUAUAACAUUAUUGCACAUUAUAGUACGGAAAAAGAAAAAGACAUGACACAUGAGGACACGACGGACACAUUGUGCUCACUCAGGCCUGUUUAAUGCUACUAUGGCUCUUGGGUAAAAACUGUUUUUUAGUCUAUUUGUGCCCGCUUUUAGCACCCUAUAGCGUCUGCCAGAGCAUAAGAGAAUGGAGCAUAAGGGAUCAGUGUUGCCAACUUAGUGACUUUGUUGCUAUAUGUAUUGAGUAAUUAGACAGCUUUAAAAAAAUCUUUGGAAAAAAGAACAAAAACACUUGUGCUGCUGAGGACCACUCCCACAUCUAAAAGCACUCCCAGGCGACUCCAUUUUGUUUGUAAGAUAAAUGUAGAAAAUAAACAAAAAUAACGAAAGGGAGUGACAAAAUAAAGUUAAUUUGUAGUUUUACAUAUUUGUUUUGCUUGUCAUGUUAUUUUUUAAAGAUGGCAUUACUUCAAGACACCAAAACCCACCUCUGCCACAGAUAAAUUGCAGUCCUCUGUGGGAAACAGUCACUAGUGUCCGUGCACUAAAUUAGUCCGAUUUCUCGAAUAGUUCGGCUCUAAAUGAGCCUCCUGCAGCCCAUGGAAACACCUUAAUCUGAUCGUGUUCGGUUUUUGAAAAGUAGGACUAACACACCCGGAUUAUAAAAUUGAAUUACUUAUCUUUUAUUGUUUUCUUCAAUGUGUCAUGCUGCUUUAAAAUAAUUUUAAAAAACUGUGUUGGCCUGUAACACACCGGCUUGUUAAAGGUUUAAACCUUCCAAAGUAUAAUUUGUGUUUGAUAUGUGUAAAUAUGUGAGUGAAUUUAAAAGUUAUACAUUUCACACAAAAUCUAGCCACACACAACCUCAUGUGACCCAGCAAAAUAAACAGGUCCUCUGCAAGGGAGGACGUUUCACAAUCUUAUUUCAAAUGCAAAACAUUCUACAAGAAUAAAAGAUGUGCUGUGGAGUGGACAUCCAUCCAGAUUUCCAUAUGAAAUAAGGAAGAUUGAUGAUGUAAGAUGCAAAAAUGCAUGUGUGCAAUGAAGAAGAAAAUUGCUUCUUACACUAUCCUUUUAAUAUGACGAAAAAUGUGUAACCUUAUUUACAAAAUACCAAACCCAAGAAUCGGGUUCGAAUUUAAGCGACAGUUUGUGAUGAUUUUGUUUUCAUGUCCAGUGCUAAUAUAACUGUAAAAAUGUACAUAAACGGGCAAGUACAUUAUUAAGUGCUUCACACUGUAAAUAAAGGUUAUUCCUGAAAUCCAAACAGUAGAAAAAGACGACGAAAAUAGUUCUUAAAUUGUAUCACAAUAAUAAUAAUUUUAAACAAAAUGGGACAGUUCCCUGACCGGGAAUCGAACCCGGGCCGCGGCGGUGAGAGCGCCGAAUCCUAACCACUAGACCACCAGGGAGCUUGAACAAGAAGAGCAUAACAUAGUUUAUAUAUGUUAAACAACGGUGACUGUUUAUAUAAUUCACUUUUAUAUUUGAGAAAUACGUCGCGUGGUAGGUCUAUGGCUCUACUUGAAUAUAUUAAAUGUUCU